AUGACAACAAAAAUGGACCACUAUGUUUCUAGUGGUGAAAUUGACGGAAAACGGGCUAAAAUGGCCUUAAAUGACGAUUUUCAUCCAGGAACCGAAUCAUCAGAAAAUGGACAAUGGUCGUUGUUUGAUGUUAAAAGUAAGGAAGAUAUUAUAUCUUUACCAUUGACAACACUGGAUAAUACACAAGAAAGAAGUCUUGCUGAUAAUUUACAAGAAGAAUUAGCUAAUACUAGUGUAUCACAACAAGUAUCUUUGGAAGAAAAAUCACUUUCAAUUGCGAAUCUUGAAAACUUACGAGCAGAGAUGGAGGCUCAGCAACGGGAAAUGAAAAGGACUACUGAAGAAGUAAAAGCAAUCAGUGACCAAUUAGAUCAAAAGAAUAAAGAAAACCAAUAUCUGGAAAAAGAACUUGCAAGCAAUAAAAAAGCUCAUAUGAAUGCUCAAAAAGAACGAGAACGCCAGUCCGAUGAAAUAUUAAAACUCGGAGGAGAAAUAAAUCAAUUACUAGCAGCCCAAAAGGCUUCAAAGGAUAUGAAGCAAAAAAUCGAUAAAGAGGUGGAAAACAAGCUUGCAGCCGCUCAAGCAAAACAAAAAAGUGCUGAAGAAGAAAAAGAGCGGAAAGUCCAAGAAAUAUUAGACUUCGCUAAAAAAAUAAAAGAAAUGGAAGCUAACAACGCCAAACUAAUUGAAAAGAAUGAAGCACAUAAGCAAGAUCUGGGCCAAAAACUUAUAGCCGCUCAAGAAAAACAGAAGAAUGCUGAAAAAGAAAAAGAACGACAAGCGCGCCAAAUCUCAGAACUCGACAAAUUGAUCAAAGAAUUACAGGUUCAUAAACAAAAGGGAGAACAAGAAAAGGCGAACAUAGAAAAGAUAGAAAAAGCGAUUAUAGCUAUCCAGUACAGUAAAAUCGAAACACAACUAGCACGUGAUUAUCUCGCGCCAAAACAAUCAGUAAUCUUAGAUCAUAUGAAGAAAACAGGACAGAAAAUCGAUAAUCAUUUUAUUGAUAGGCUACCUAAAAUGAUGCUUGGAGAAGUAACUCAUGGAUCAACAGUAACGUAUACUGUAACCAUUGUAGGUUUUCGAGAUCAUCAUGAUAUAUUCAAAGCGGUUCUAGCACGAAUUCAAAAAUUUAUAAAAUUGAUACAGAGAGCUAAAGAUUUUUACCAACGUUGUUUGAAGAGAAUCACCAAAUCCACAGAAAUGGUAGUUUCAAAGAUUAAAUCUAGAGCACAAUAUUGGAAACAAUAUGUCAAAUCUUUUACUCGAAUACUACAAGACAAGUCGAACGAAUACACUGAACUAUUUAAUAACUAUAUUGAAGAUAUAGCAAAAUCAUUAACCGAACAAUGCAUUUCGAAUGAUCUAACGACAAUAAAAACUGAAAUAGAAAAACAAACAGAUAGUUUUAUAAAAGAUAAGUCGUUUGAAAAAGAAAUGGAACCACUCAAACAUCAAGCACUUGAAGAAUUUAUUGAACAAAAUAUUAUCAUGCAACGGAGUCAUCAUGACAAAAAGCCAAGUGCAAAAUCAAUCACUGUUCUGGAAACAUUCGUUAAUGAAGUUAAAAGAGCUUUCAAGACGAACCAAAAAUAUGUUGGUCAUGAUGCGAAACAUUUUGAUUUAAUACCUGAUGUAUUACAACGAUUAAUCAUAUAUUAUUGUUGCUUUAAUAUCCAACUACCUUUGUUUGAAUCGGCAUUAGAUCUAUUGGAUAAAAUUGACAAACAUACAGUUGCUACGAUUGCAACAUCAACUGGAUCAGGAAAAUCAACAUUAUUACCCGCUCUGCUUGCUGCAGAAGGUUACGAUAAAAUUAUUGUUACACAACCUCGACGUUUACCUUGUACAUUAAUUUGUCAACGUGUUAAUGAAACAAUGACAACAGCGGCAGAUCCAUUUUCAGAGAAAUUAGCCGGAUGGGCUGUUAGUGGUGCUGAAAAAAAUCCUAAAGGAAAAAUUCUAUACGUAACUGAUGGUCUUCUUAAAGAACGUUUACUGUACGAUGAAAAUUUCAUUACACGCAAUACUCAAUUGAACAAAUCAAUUGUUUUCUUUAUUGAUGAAGUUCAUGAACGUUCAGUGAAUAUCGAUCAUUGUUUAGCAUUAUUAGCACGAAUGUUAUCUGUUAAUCCAGGUAUAAAAUCAAAAAUGAAAAUAAUUAUUUCAUCUGCUACACUUGAUUCAUCUGUACCGAGCCUUUUUCGCCAGAUAAAGGGAACAAGAUUAGCCGAAUUUGAAAUGCCACAAAUGGGUACUAGAUAUGAGGUUACUAAAGUUUCUCGCCCAAAUGAAAAUAUAUUGAACAUUGUACAAGAAUUAUAUCAAAAACGUCGACGAUAUGAUCAAAUUUUGUGUUUUGUUAGCUCUGUCAAGGAUGUUAAUGAAUGUUGUUCGUUACUGAAACAAAUAACUGGCGGAGUAAUUAUUGCUUAUCCUCUUAUUCAAUCACAACAAGCUUCUCAACAAAAAGAAUAUAUUGAGAAUGGAAGUGUAUUUUUUUCCACAACAGUCGCUGAAACUUCGUUAACAUUUCCUCAAUUAAAAUAUGUCAUUGAUAUGGGUAUGAUCAAUAUUCCUGUUUACGAUCCAGACUCUAAACGAACUGUACUAAAAGAAGAGCGAGCAGCUGAAUCUACGAUAAAACAACGUCUCGGACGAUUGGGUCGAACACAACCUGGAGAAUAUUAUUCAUUAUAUGAUUUUAAAGUUGAAGAUAAACGAUAUCCAACACCACAAAUCUGCCAAUCGGAUUUGACGAAUGUCGAAUUCGGAUUGCGAAAAUCACCAUUAAAACAAGGAAUGAACUAUAUGAAACAAUUCUUUCCAGAUCAUCCACCAAGCAAAAUAAUUGAUCAUACGAAUAAAGAACUACGAGCAUUAGGCAUUUUGGAGGCCACUCCAAGUGAAAAAUUCACAGAAGACGGUGAAGCUCUGGCUAAGCUACCCGAUUUUGGUUCAUUGGCCAUGUCCAAAUGUGUAUUGGCUGCUCUUACGAAAUAUUCUUGUGGACGUGAUCUUAUCUAUCUAUCAUCUAUUCUAAGUGUUCUGAAUACUACGACUUUAUUGAAAUCAAUACCACAAAAUCUAAAAAGUUCAGAUGGCGAUUUUAUGACAUUAUUUAAUGUAAUGCAAGAAGUUUUGCGUGUCGAUCAAUCUGUGCCAGGCAAGGGAUAUAAUUUGCAAGUUAUUUGCCAAGCGAAAGGCCUGAGUAGUAUUCACCAUAUUGUUCGACAGGCAUUACGACGCUAUAAAAGUUUAGAAAGAUCUUUUAAGUCAUCAAAGGAAUAUUAUGGACCAUCACAAAUGACAUCUGGUGAUUGGCCAUCAAUUGCCAAAUCAUUAUUAGCUGGCUAUUAUGAAAAUGUAUUUGUUUCAUUGAAAGAACUAUAUAGGAGAAAUCAUCAUUAUGUUCAAUAUGGUUCAAGCGAUGAAAACAUUGCUGUUUUAGAUUCACAAUCGAGUCUUGCUCGCCACAUAAGUAUGUCGCCUGUAUCCGUUGUUUUGGCAAGAGAUAUUCGUUAUGCAUCGACAAUUCGUGCGAGAGCUGUUCUGUCGUUCCUCGGUGAACUUCAACCAGAAUGGGUAGACUAUAAACUUAAACGAAAGUUGGAAUUAAAUAGCAAAGAAUUAGCCCAUCUAAAUGAUAAAAAUAUUUUGUCAACAGUAAAAGCAAAAUUCCAUAAAAUUUCUAUACUAGUAACUCCGAGUAGUAAACUCAAUAAGACAAAUCUAUCAUUAGACGGUAAUGCUGGAACUUCUCUAAACGCUGAAUUGCAUCUGCUACAACAAUUAGCAGUUGAACAACCUGACUUUUCAUUAGAAAAUAAAUUUAAGAAGGACUCAACAGAAUAUAUAAACUUAUCACGAAAUUUGAAAAGUGUGAUCAAAAUGCCGCAACUAUUUAAACCGAUGAUUUGGCGAUGGGAAGCUGAGAAACAAAUAAAAAUAACCGUUAAUCCGAAUACAUCAACAGAGACUAUUACAAUAAAAGUCGUCGGCAGAGAUUCGGAUUAUGAAAAUGUGAAAGAAGAAUUCGAUUCGUUCUUGGGAUGGUUAGGACAUUGUGCUGUUAUUCGACAUCCAAAUUCAGGUAGGCUAAACACUACACAUCGAUUUAAUUGUGUGAUUGUUGAUAAGUAUUCUGAACACGGUUCUUUGACUCAUUCUUUUCUUAUUACUAGUUCCACUAAAAAUUUUACCUGAGAGUCAAAUUGAACAUUCGAAUAUAAAUAAGUAACUAGAUCCUUUUGUUCUUUAAGCGCUAUUCCUUAACUGCCAUGCCAUGACAAUGCAUUCUGUAUCUCACUAUCAGAUAUCAUGCUCUCCCUACCAGAGCAGCCAACAGACCACUUUUCGAUCUGGCCUGGCCUGCAAGCCAGACUAGGCCAACUGAUGUUUCUGAUUUUUCAACUUCCUUAAUUUCUAUAACUUCACAAUGUAAAGUUUUCUCAAAACUACUAGUUUCUUUGUCUGACUUAGCUGGAAAUCCAAAAAUAUACCAAUAUGAGGGAAGAACUGAUGAUAAAUUGUCAUUAAUAAUAUCGUAUAGAUGUUUCUCCAGUUUGCACAAAUAAUAUAUCCAUUCAGUAGAAUAUAAUAAUGAUUCUAACGAAGAAGCAGAUUAUGAAACAUUUGUAUUUGAUGACAUUAAAAUAGAUAAAGCAUAAGAGAUUAAUAAAACACAACUAUCAGUAGUUGACCUAGCUGCAUAUAAAUUGUUGCCCAAAGGCAAAUUAUGAAAAAAAGAAGAGAGUUUUGUCUUUCAACUGAACAAUAGCACCAUUUUCUAUUUUUCUGCUAAAAAGGCGUUCAUAGCUAUUGUGUUCUUUCUUUUAUUCAUUCCUCUUUCAUUCUAAGAGACUUUUUACCAAUUAUAAAUGACGAAAGUUGGUGAACAAAAUUUUCAACUUGUGACAUCAUCUUACAUUUCAACUUAUAUUACAUUAUGCUCAGGCGAACAAUUUUGGCCUGAUCUGGCCUGGCCGACGAGCUGAUGACCAACCAGAAAGCUCUGCUCUCUACGUUACGCGUGUUCGGUAUGAUAUAUUGUUGUCUUCCCUCCGUUCCAUAGCUCCGUGCAUGUGAGUGGUAUGCAUAUGAUAUGUACUCUACUCUACUGUUUGAGAAGCAGAGGGUUGAUUCCACUGACGUAGUCAGUGGUGGUGCUGGGGGCUUAGUCAUCCCAGUACCUCAUAAACCAUUUGAGCUCUCUUCGUAAACUGAUUGACCCACCUUUAUAAACUACUUGAGUCGCUGCCCCUCUGUUCCUUCCAUUCGACAAACACUGGCUACGCCACUAGUUCAUUCGUUGGAUUCUAAAGGUUCAAAGAUGUCUACUUUUCGUGGGCCUCGCCUGCCUGUUGCGGCCUGUGUACUUUUUUUACGUACUAAUAUUAUGAUAAUAACUGAGUGGAAGCAGAAAACUGUCCUUAUAAGAAGGUAAGGAAGUAGAGAUCAUCGUGACUGAACACGGUCACGGUUUUUGACCGUGGCGUGACUAAUUAAAAACAGCAGUUCGUGACCGUGAGUAAAAGUUCAGUCACGGUCGGUCACGGAGUUUUAACACUUUUUACAGAUUAAUUACUUGCUUUUUCUCUUUCACUGGAACAUGAUUGAUUUUUUAUUAAAAAAGCACCAAGCAGUAUCCGGUUAUUGAUGCACAUGUAACAACUUGUUCUUUUCGAACAGUUCAUAGGAAUAAUAAAAAUAAUCACAGUCUGACAACAAUAUCAGUAUUGAACCCUUUUACUCAUCUACUAUCUCUACUUCGCUCUUGUCGGCAAGCAGUUGUCGAUACAUUUUUCUGAUCUCCUCGUGAGAUCCUCCUCUGUCAAUCUUUCACUUUGAUGACUGAUUUGCCGCGGCGCCAGUUAUCGCCGGUGACAUCUGUGAUCCCGAUAACUCUUUGAGUUUAUUCAGAUUUUCUGAACAAACAGAAGUUUCUCCAGUUUAUUGGUACCCAAGCGGUUGCG